AUGAACGAGUCUCUCAAUCAGACCACCAACUCACCAACUCGCCAGCCCUCACUCGAUUUCUCUUCUCCUUUCUUCCCACCAGACCCACCAGUCGCACCAGUCGCACCAACUCACCAGUCCUCGCCCGACUUCUCUUCUCCUUUCCUCCCACCACUUGCAUCAACACCAACACCAAUACCGACACCCGCACCGCCACCUCCACCUCCACCGCCCACAACCACCAACACCCUAAACACGAACCUCCAAUCCAACAUCCUCACCUACGUCCUGCAAUCAAACCCCCUCCUCAUCCCCACCACCCUAUCCCGCAAUGCCCGUCUCACCAGCACACGCAUCAACGACAUCGCGCACGCCAUGUGGAACGUAGCCUUCACGCACGACGACCCACUGCAGCGCGCAUGCCAGUACGCCGCCAUGUUUUCGCCGCUGAAGCUGGCCGCGCUGGCGAAGCUGAAUUUCCUGCCGAGUUGGUGGUUUUUUCGCGAUUUGGCGCUAAAAGGGUUGCAGGAGAGGGGCUGGGAGGUGGAUGAUGCGGAGAUGGAGGAGACGUGGGAGGAGGCUGUUAGGUGGUGUGUUGAGGUUAAUGGGAGGAAGGGGGGCAAGUAG